GGCAAACCAGUAAAAUAUGAUCCUUCAUUUAAUGGACCAAUCAAAAACAGAUCGUGUACAGAUAUUAUAUGUUGUUUAGUAUUUAUAAUCUUUAUAUUUGGAUUAGCAGUUGUCGCAUAUUUUGCCUUUGCCUAUGGAGAUCCUAAAUUAUUACUGUAUCCUCAAGAUUCGGAAGGUAAUUUAUGUGGGUAUGGUAACAUGAGAGGAAAAGAUCACCUUUUUUUCUUUGAUUUGGUAAAAUGUGGUCGAAUGGGACCAGGAGUAUUUGUUAAUGGUUGUCCUACACCUCAGGUUUGCCUCGCAGAAUGUCCGAAAGAUAAUUAUGUUUACCUGCAGAAUGCCAUAGAUAAUAAGAAAGAUAAACUAAUCUGUACAUACAAUGCAAAUAAAGCAACCAAGGUAAGAUUAGAUGUUAAUACACUAGUAGGAGAUGAAGAAUGUGCAGCAUAUUAUCUCAAAAGUACUUCAGUCAUCAAUCGUUGUUUACCAAUAGAUGAAUUAAUAAAUAUAGUGGAUGGUGCUGUUGAAAUUGGUAACGAAACAUUGAGAGAUGCUGAGAACAAUAAUGUCACUGCUUCAGACCAGUUUUUAGCAGCUAAGGAAUAUGCUGAAAAGGCUAUAGCUGAUCUCACUUCAACAUGGUGGAUGAUACUCAUUGGAUUAUUUUUGGGUAUGAUAAUUUGUUUUAUCUGGAUUGUUGUUAUGAGAUGGAUUGCUGGUAUAAUGGUAUGGUUCACUAUCUUGGCAUUUGUUGCUCUUUUUGCCGGUGGUAUUGCUGUUUGUUUCUAUAACUAUCUUAUCUAUAAAGAUAAUGAUGAAGCUUUCUCUUUCACCCUGGCCGUGGUAAAUCUGACAUUUUCUAAAGCUAAAUUGUUCCUGGGAGUUGGUAUAACAGCGGCAAUAAUAUUUGUAAUAGUUUUCUUGAUUCUCUUGUUUUUAUGUUCGAGAAUAAGAAUUGCUAUAUCUUUAAUCAAAGAAGGCAGUAGAGCUGUGGGGACUAUGAUAUUUACAUUAGUAUGGCCACUGUUUCCAUUUGUACUUCAACUAGGUGUAGUUGCUCUGUGGGCUGUUGUGGCUGUUUUCUCACAACAGUUACCCUGUGAUAAUUCUGUAAGUUUCUCACAACAGUUACCCUGUGAUAAUUCUGUAAGUUUCUCACAACAGUUACCCUGUGAUAAUUCUGUAAGUUUCUUUCUUGUCUCUAUAUAUUCUAUAUUCUCUCAAUAUAUUCAAGUUUCUCUUAUAUACCGGUAUACCAUCUAUCUACAGAUUUACAAUCUAUUCAUGUUAUUCUGGUUGGUUAAUUUUGUGGUGGCAUUAGGACAGAUGACUUUAGCUGGAGCGUUCGCCUCCUAUUAUUGGGCAUUCAAUAAACCUAAAGAUAUCCCUGCUUUUCCUAUACUGAGCUCAUUCUGGAGAUCUAUUAGAUACCAUCUUGGAACUCUGGCAUUUGGUUCACUGUUAAUAGCUAUAGUACAGUUGAUCCGAGUGUUUCUAGAGUAUUUAGACCACAAAUUGAAAGGUUCAGAAAAUCCUGUGGCAAAAUUUUUAAUGAAAUGUCUCAAAUGCUUUUUCUGGUGUCUGGAAAAAUUCCUGAAAUUUCUCAAUAAGAAUGCAUACAUUAUGUGUGCAGUCUAUGGAAAAAAUUUCUGUAUUUCUGCUAAAAAUGCCUUUAUGUUGAUAUUGAGAAAUGUAGUAAGGGUGGUAGUUAUUGAUCAAGUGACAGAUUUCCUAUUGUUUAUCUGUAAAAUGGUUGUUGUGGCCUUAACUGGCACUGGUGCAUUCUUUUUCUUUGAUGGUAGAAUCGAGUUCUUAAACCAAUAUAAACCUACUUUAAACUUCUAUUUUAUACCAAUAAUAAUAGUGGUACUGGGAACCUAUGUGAUAGCUUCUUGUUUCUUCAGUGUUUACAAUAUGGCUGUAGAUACAUUAUUCUUAUGUUUCUUGGAAGAUCUAGAGAGAAAUGAUGGUUCAACAGAAAAACCGUAUUAUAUGAGUAAAGAUUUGAUGGGAAUUGUAGGAAAGAAAAACAAAGUACCCAAGAGCUAG